AUGGAUCCGUUUUCUUUCGUGACCUCCGAGUCGCUGGACUACCCGCUGAGUGUUCGCAUAAUCAAUCUUGAAGGCGAAGAGGCACCUCCGAAGCCCUCCGAACUCUUUCGAAGACCCGACCUAAGAUACAUCGGAUCCAAUACGAGUACACACUCCGAUCUAUAUGUGACAGUCCAAGUCUGGGCGGGCUCCAAACCUCUGACGGUUCCUGUUCAGACAUCCUACAAGUCAUUCAAGAACGAGAGAAGCUGGAACGAGUGGCUCGACAUCCCGAUUCCGUAUAGAUCUCUCCCGCUCAACUCGCGACUAGCAAUCACGAUAUGGGACGUUUCGCCGACUGGGGGGAAGCAAGCACAGGGUCAUGCCGUCCCCUUUGGCGGUACAACAUUACCCUUAUUCGACAAGGAUAGUCAGGUGCAAAAGGGACGUUUGAAAUGCCAGAUACAUAGACAUCGACUUGCCGAUGGUCACGAUGGCACAACCACACCAUGGUUGCCAGCACAACAGCGAGCUGGGGCAAGACAAGCGGCCACUACUCUGGACAAGGAAGCCGAAGAGCUCGAGCGCAUGGAUCGCUUGUUUAAAAAGUACGAGAUGAACGAGAUCCCCAAGGUUGAAUGGCUCGACCAAAUGGUUUGGCGAUUAUCAGAGAAACGCGGUGCGGCUGCCACGAGAAAUUCUAUCAAAUCUCUGCAGAGGCAAACGAACAGCCAGCUGGGAACUGGCAAUAAGCAGCAGAACAACAGUACUGACUCAAAUGGGCACGACCUCUCAUCGAAUCCGUCCAAAUUCACCCUUACGGUCGAACUGCCAAGAUUCGACUUCCCAAUCGUCUUUACUGAUCACGAGUACCCACCACCACCGAUUUCGUCUGUCCAGCAUUUAUCUGCUUCGCAGUCCCACAUGGACCUCAAGCCACCCCCAGAGGUUCAGUUCGGGCCAGGCAUCAAUGGACCCGACGAUGGGGGCCACCGCGUUGUUCGCAUAUACGAUCCAGAAGUUGCGGCGCGGGACAAUCCUGCAGAGGCCAAACACAGGCGCCUUGUUCGUAGCCAGCAUCGCCACGGGACUUUAGAUAAGGACCUAAAACCCAACGCCAAGGUUCGGGACGAGCUGAAUGUGAUAAUGGCAUAUUCACCCACCCAUAGCCUGACGCCAGAGGAGAAGGACCUUGUGUGGAAGUUUCGGUACCAUUUGACCAAGGACAAGCGUGCGCUCACCAAAUUUGUCAAAUCAGUCAACUGGCAAGACCAGAGCGAAUCAAAGCAAGCCAUCCAAGUCAUGAGCAAAUGGAUCGAAAUCGACGUGGACGAUGCCUUGGAACUUCUCGGACCAACGUUUGAUGCUUCCGCCGUCCGCGCUUACUCGGUCGACCGUCUGAGAAAGGCCGAUGACCAUGAGUUACUACUAUAUCUACUGCAACUUGUACAAGCUCUUAAGUUCGAGCAUGUGCCUACGAAUACGGACGAGCCGGCUCUUGAUACAUCCUCAUUGGCGUCGUUCUUAAUCUCGAGGGCAGUUGAGAACUUCACACUAGCUACCUAUUUCUAUUGGUACCUUGUCGUGGAGUACGACGACAAGAGUCCUGAGCAAGGUCAAGAAGUGCGGACAAUGUAUGCCAAAGUCUUGCAUGAUUUCAUGGUUGAGCUCGAGGCUAGACCUGGCGGUACUGACACCCGGAAAACCUUGCUCCAACAGGCUGAGCUUAUAACUGUUUUGUCUAAAAUUUCAGGCGAAAUCAAGACAUCGUCCGAGACCACUUCACGGAAAGUCGAUAAAGUCAAGGCUUUCUUGGCAGAUCCCAAGAACGAAUUACUUGUUAUUGACCCUCCUGUCCCACUUCCGUUGGAUCCUUCAGUGCUGGUCACAGGUGUCGUCCCUGACGAGACUCGUGUCUUCAAGUCAUCACUGUCUCCCAUCAUGGUGACAUUCAAGACCGCUGCUGGUGGCAAAUAUCCCAUGCUUUUCAAGACUGGUGAUGACCUGAGGCAGGAUCAGCUGGUGAUUCAAAUCAUCACAUUGAUGGAUCAAUUGCUCCAGAAAGAGAAUCUGGAUUUGAAGUUAUCACCAUACAAGAUCCUAGCCACCAGUACGACUGCUGGUGCAUCGCAAUUUGUGCCAUCACAGACGUUUGCUGCAAUCUCAUCGAAGUACGGCAACAAUCCAGCGCUUGCAUAUUUGAAGCAGCACAACCCUGAUCCACGAGCGUACCAAGGUGUAAGAAAAGAGACACUCGAAACCUUUGUAAAAUCCUGCGCCGGCUAUUGCGUAAUCACAUAUAUACUUGGCGUGGGCGACCGGCAUCUGGAAAACCUGCUACUAGCACCGGACGGCCACUUCUUUCACGCAGAUUUCGGCUUCAUCCUGGGACGUGAUCCCAAGCCUUUUGCACCCGCGCUGAAAUUGAGCAAAGAAAUGGUGGAUGCCAUGGGUGGCUUUAGUCCCCCUAGUGAACUGUAUCUGCAAUUCAAGCAGUAUUGCUUCCUUGCAUUCACGGCCCUGCGGAAAUCAUCAAAUCUGAUAUUGAAUCUGUUUAGUCUCAUGGUCCAUGCCAACAUACCUGACAUCAAGAUCGAGCCCGAUAAGGCAGUCUUCAAGGUCAAGGAAAGAUUUCAUCUCGAUCUCAAGGAGGAAGAUGCGCUCCGACUUCUCGAGUCAAUCAUGGAGGACAGUUUGACUGGCUUCAUGCCUGUCAUGAUCGAUCGACUACACGCUUUCACGCAAGCACUGAGGACAUAA